UAGAUCUUGAGUCUAGUACUGCAUUCAAACAUAACAUUAACAAUGUCCACAGCAUUAAGUAUGACUAAUAUAAUAUAAUAUAAUAACAGAUUAGUAAACGAUAUAUAUAUACAUAACAAUUAGUAAAACAUUUAUUAUUAUUAUUUUUUUUAAAUAUUCGAGAGGUAUAAGACAAAUGACAAUAUAAAUAAGAAUUAAUAUAUGUUAUAUGAUUUACUUUACCACUUAACAGUUCAAUGAACAGCCCUGUAUGAAAUGAUACAGUUGGUUUAUUUUUUUCGUAGUGUCUAUUUUCAGUUUCUCCUCCACACUAGCAUCUUCUCUGGAUUCAGUGAUAAAUGCCUUCAAGUACUUAUUUCUUGGCUCGUUGAACUUGAUACAUUGGAUCAGAAAAUGAGUUACCGGGUCAGUUACAAGGCAGUUGCAUGCACCACAUACCUCACUGGAUUUAAUAGUCAAAGUAGCAUCUUUUAAGUAUAUUUUCAUAAAAUCUUUACUUGCUACUCUGAGACGACUAACGGCUCUUAAUUUGUUUAAAUUCAGAGCCCUGAACUGAAGAUAAUCAUCUGGUCUGGUAACAUUAAAGUAGCAGAUUUUUCUAUAUUUUGGGUUUGAUUUAGAGUUUAACACUCAGUCGAUGUCCUUGGAUGAGUGAUGGUUACAAAGUUACAAAAUAUUUUAUUUAUAGUUGGCUGAGUAAAUUUCAAUAUUUGACCUAUAUCUUUGAAAUUGCAUAAAAUUGUCAACGUCAUAAAAUUGCAUACUUAAAAUAAAUAUUCCCUAGAAAAAACACGUUAGAAUUAUAAGUUACAAAUAGUAGCAGUUAGUCACGCGUAGCCCAAUUAGAAUUUCGAAAAUCUUUAGUGAGAGCCCAUCCAAUAAAGCACAGUUGAGGAACAAGGUUAAUGUUAUGUUUGGAAGAUACCCUUGUACCUUUGGCAGGCCCCAGUUAGACCAAGGACCGCUGCCGGGGAAUUCCCCCCCUUCCAUACCUCCCUCUCCUCCGAAGGGUACAAAACUCCUCCAAGAGCCUUUCUGUGCAGAAAUUCUUCAGUACCUAGUCCAACAUGUUUCUGAAGAGCGAAGUCAUUAUUUUAAGUGUGCUGGUUGUUGCAUGCUUAGCUCAGGAGAAGUGGGUUUGGAAUGGCAAAACAGCAAAAGCUGUGAGAGAUGGAGAUAGAGUACGCUACGGAAUUGUUGAACCAGAAGAUGACUACAGACCAAGGCCAAGUUUCAGACCUCCUCCUCCAGAUUUGCCACCACUGAUACGGCCUCCUACUCACAAUCUUCCACCACCUCCUCUACCACCAACUCGCCAUGAUUCAGAUCCAACAAGUUUUGAAAAAUGUAAAUGUGUUCAUUCUUUCAACUGUAAAUCUCCAGGUCUGCUGUUCGGAAGCUGUGACAAGGGAAAAAAAUACUGCUGCGAAAAGUCGGUAGAACCAUCAGAAACAAAAGGUUUUCACCCAGACCAGCGUGAACCAGAGGUUUUGGCUGGUCCUGGAGGACCUGUAGACCACAUAAGAAACCAGAAUGCAGGACAUCAAGGGUUAGGAAGUUAUGGACAACCCUACGAUCGACCAGGGAAUGGAGCACUGGGAGGUUACGGACAACCCCGAGGAACAAGAUUCUGAAGUUAUAAAUGUAUAGAGUAAACAGAUAUUUAUAUCUCCUCAAAGUAAGCUGUUUGCUUGGUUAAUUUUUCUCUCUCAUAGAAUUACAUUGAGACAUAAGGCAAUAUAACAUCUAUUCUCAAGAAGAGAAAUCACGAAUAUCAUUAAGUAUAAGCUAACUAUUAUUUUAAAUUUAAGUUUAUUUAUACAUCUGAUUUAUAAAAUUGGGUAAUGCUUUUAAAAGUAGAAAUAACUAAAUGACCUGAGAUAGAAAAGUAAAAACUGCUGGAGAUAUUGAUUACGAACACUAAUUAAAUUUACUUAAUUAUUGUGAAAUAAAAAUGUUACCUUUUGCUCAUAAUCUGUAAUGAAAAGUAACAAAUUUUUAGAAAGAAAGUGAAUCCUCCUAUAAAUAAAAUAUUUAAACUUAGUAAAAUAACACAUAAUUGCCAUAAACUAGAUCUACGCUAUUUAGGCUUUGCGUCCAAUAGAUGCAUAAAACAUACAACAGUGACGUAGUGUUUGAUCCUUGAAAUGCUUAACUAUAUAACUUGACUUCAUGGUUGUUAUAUGAACUUCGAUAAUUUUUUUAAUUUGUAUUAAAAUCAGUUUUUAGAAUACUAUUGUUUAAUAAGAAUAAUGUAAAAUGAUUUUGAUAACUUCAUAUUGGAUAUAAUCAUAUAAGAAAAUAUAUCCAACUAAGUUCGCUUCAUAAUUUUUUUUCCGUUAAAAUAAUUAUGUAUUUACAGUCACGUAGAUAAAUUAGGUGUAAAUAAUUUAUAGUAUAAUAUAUAUAUUCAUUUCCAAAAUAUCCAAGAUGUGCACCAAAAAAUAAGUUUAUUGUUUCUUUAAAAUUUAUAGCAUUCAAUUUCCAUAUAUUAGUUAGAUUAUUUGUUGCUAAUAUUGAAAUAAACAACACUUCUAGAAGUGAUAGAUCAAAACUAUAAUGCAAUGUAUAAUUACAUUUUUUAAAAGUUUAAAUGAGUAAGAAUGGUAUUGUCCUCAUUAAUUUUUUUUAAUUACUCAGUUCUCAUUGACUCAUCAAAGAUUGAGAAUCUGAGAUAAUUUCCCCUCAAUACCACAUAUAAUGGUAAUAAAUUGCUUUUCUUAAUUUGCUGGAUAUUCUUGAGUUAGAUGAGCUUUAGUUAGAACUGUAGACUGAGAGAGUCAAUUUCUCUAUUGAGGCAAAUUCACUGAAAUACUCACAUCUCAGUUUGGCAAAAAUAAGUAUGUAACUGUAAGAUAGCCUGCCUUUAUCCAUCAGUUAGAAUAAUUAAUAUUAAAUACAGAGUAACGGCCAUUUUAAGAUAUUUUAUCAUAAUAAAAUAUUUUUUUAAGAGUUACCAUAUUAUAUGUUUAAAGUUUGCUAGUCACAUUAAUUAUUAUUAACUUAAAAGGUUUAAGUAGCAGCUAAUAUAAUGUUAUUAGCAUGAUAUAUGACUUUCCUAAUUAACUAAUUAUGUUAAUAGCCUAUAAGGGAAUUUAAAUAAAUGUGGUUGUGUAAUUAUUUAAUAUCUACUGUUAUUUUAAAAUUAUUUUAUUUGAUUUAAUGAAAUUAAAGUUAAUAGUUAUUAAAAUAUAUUCACAAUAAAACCAUUGUUUCUUCACAAAUAAAUAUUGAAAAAUGUAAUAUAUAAAUGAAUUACAAUAUGUUUUCUAUACAACUAAUAUAGUUGUAAUAGGACACAUCAAAAUAGUAUUAAGCUGAAUUAGAAAGCUUUUCAAAAUUGUGAUCAGACAAAUGUUUAAAGUUUUAAAUAAAUGACAAUUUUAAAACCAUUGAUGAGACUUGUUUGAUGGACAUCCUAUUUUAUUAUUAAUAAAUUAUUCUAUAGCAAUAUAUAAUACAAUAAACAAUAAUACUAAGCAGAAAAGAAAAAUUUACAGCAGCUAAAGCUGACAAUGUGAAUUGAGCAUUUAUUUAUACAAGAGUGGACACCAAGUUAUAAUAAGCAGCUGAGAAGAUAAUUAUAUAAAUAAAAUAACAAUUUGAAUAAACAUAUAAAGAUUGUUUACUUCAACCCCCUCUUUUCCCUGACUCCAACAUAUUUAUCAACAAGGAUUAUGAAAAGGGUGGAAACAAAAAAGAACAUAACUUAUAAUAAAUAUAUAGUAUAUUUUAUCCAUAUUAACAAUAUUCAUAUAUUUAAUUAACUAAAAUGCUUCCUUCAAUUUCACUGAGGGUAGAUCACAUUGGAAGUUUCAUUAAUUCAUCUACUCUAGAACACUAGCGGAUCCAGGAUUUAAUUUUAAUUUAGUUUGUUUUUUCUUAUAUAUAACGAUAAUUACUUUGGAAAAAAAAAAGAAACUAACUACCCGUAUGAAAUGGUGUUUAAGCUAUCCUUGAAGUCCUAUUAAAUGUAAUUACAAGGACAAUAAUACUUUAAGAGAUUAUUUUUUAAUAUUUGUUUCCAUAAAACAAUGUUACAUUUUAUCAUUUUUUGGGACGAGGGAGAGGAGAGGAGGGCUUCAGCCCGAAUGCCCUCCCCAUAGAUCCGCCUGAAUGCCCUCCGCCUGUGCUCUAGAAUCUGACUAAUCCAGUCCUUUAUUGGAACUGACAACGUCGAACUACCAGAAUAGUUAAGCCAUACAUAAAAAAAUACAACAAAUUAAAAUGAAAGCCUCAUGUAAUUACUGAAAAAAAAUGUAUUAAAAUAAUUCAUUGAAAUAAAUGAUUUUUAUUUCUGAUAAGAUAGAAAAUACAAAUUUCGAUUACAGCAUAAAUAAAAUAUUGUAAACAAUGCAUUAAUAUACACUGCAUAAAUUGCAAAAUAAUGAAAGUUUAAACUACUUUGAAUACAAACUGGAAAUGUGUGUUUAAAUACCAACAUUGAAAAAAAAAUUUUUUUUUAACAUUAAAAGAAAGUGACCAAAUAAUAUCAUUUGCGAGAAAUAUGUAAUUUUAUAUAACUUUGCUAUAAUAUUUUUUGUUUUUCCAUAUGAAUUCAACAUGAAAUAGAAAAAAAAAAUAUAUAGGAAAAUGUAUCUUCUACUUCUUACUCUUAACAUUGUUUUUAUGGAGUAAGAUGAUUUAUUAUUCUUGAAGAAUGAUUCGAUUUGGUCCUUUUCCUAAUUUAGAUUUUGCAUAAUUGGCAGGCCUACAUAUAUCUUCCUUAGACAAAUAAGCAAACUUUUCAUGUUUUUUAUUAAACAUUUUAGACUUUUAAGCUAUAAGAUUUUAACAUUAGAUCUAAUGUUAACAUGACAUGUUUUGGCACAAUUACAUCAAACACCAGCAACACAAAAUGACAAACUCAGUGACCCAAAGCAGAAGACUCUUUAAUAUACAAAAUGAUCUCCAUCUCUAUAGAUUUGCAGACAUGAAAAUAUCUAACACACUGGCAGUCCUUAAAGCGCAGGAGCACUGGACUUGCCAGAAUAUCAAUCAUUCAUAGGGCCGAUUAUAAAGAUUGUACUGUUUAUACAUAAAUUUAAGCUACUAACAGAAUUAAUCAUGGAAGUAAUCAAUCAUUGUUUUUCGGCUCAUUUCUAAUCAUGUUUAAAGUGCAAAAAUAUGAUUAGUUAGUUCUUUACUUUAAAAAAUGGGGCUGUAAGCUAAUUUAUCACUUAUAAAACGGUAAAAAUCUUAUAAGCUUAAUAAUUUCAGAACUAGGUACAAAAAUAUAAAUAUAAAUUUAUUUUUUAAAACUCCGAUAAAUUGAAAAAAAAAAUCAAUUGGAAAAUAUAUACCAUUUUUGGUGCAUGCAAUAUGGAACACGCUAAUAUACAUAGCUGUCAAAGACUAUAUUGAUGCUUAAGUUUCAAAUUAUCAACUAAAAAGGUUAAUCACCAUAACAUCAUUUAUUACCAGAAUUAAAUAUAACUACAAAGAAAUAUAGAAUCAAAGAUUGCCUAAAUGAAACACAAAUUAGUAAUCCAUAUAUUGUACUACUCUAUCUUUAAAAGAUAAAUUUCAUCCUUCAAGGAGUUGUCCACACCAAUAAAGAAACUGACUACAGGUUCGUAAGGACAAUGAUACCACCAGUUGUAAUCUAAUAAUUCAUUAAUCGAUUUCCCCAUAUCACAUUUAAGACUUCGACAUUGAGACUCCUAAUUUGAACAAAAUUUUAUUCAAAAUAUUAAUAACAGAUAAAAAGACUAUUAUUAUAACAUCACAUUUCUACAAUACUUCCAUCACCACAUUCUUCCUACUAUUUCCCUCAGCAAUUACUCACAAUUGGAAAUGCUGUGAGACUAACUGUUAAGGAAUAAAUCAUGCUUUUUACACAAAUAUUCAACGAUUUUCGACUCAAUUUCAACAUUCUGAACUUUUUCCUCUUCUGAAAGUACUAUGUCAUAAUCCUCAUUUUCAGUAACUAUUAUUACUUGAUAUUUUCUAGUCUGGAGGAUAUUUCCAAUCACCAUCUAAAAAGAUAGUUAUAAUAAUAUUAAUUGAGAUAAAAUAAAACUUUUUUUUUUUAUAGUUCAUCACAUUUUAAUUAAUACUGAUAAAUAAUAAUAAUAUAUGUUUGGCAAUAAAUGGAAAUAAACAAAUCCACAAAAAUAAAAAAUAACACUUAAAAUUCACUAUUAUUAUGUAGUAAUAGUAUGACUGUAUGAAUAUAAUAGUAUAAAUUAAUCAAGGAUAUAUCAACAAAAUCAAAUAAUUUAAGAAAUAAAAUAAUGGUAAUUCAAUUUUCUUGCUAAUUUAAAAAAUUAAUUUGUAAAAUUUAUAAUAUUCAUUUCAAAGGAAAAUCAAUGAAUGCCACUUUUUUAAAUUUGUAGAUACUUUAUAAAAACCUAAUUUUGUUUCUGCUGAGUAAACCCCACAGCCCUGAAGGGGUUUCACUCCACCUGAUGUUUAAAGUUGGCAGAAAACCUUUCCAUUCUAAGGAAGUUUUGAGGCUAAAAUUGAAAAAAUAAAAUAAUUUUGAAAGUAUCUUAUUACGUUAAUUCUGGAAAAAUAAACUCUUCUAGCUGAAACUGCUUUCGAAGAGUGAAUUCAUAACAAAAUCAGUGUAGUGGAGAGAUUAGACCACAUCAUUAGCAAUGAUCAACCUAACCUACUUACUAUUAUGGUUCGGCUAAUUGGAAGUUUAAGAACUUCCUCAGUUAAUUAGGGAAGAGCACAAUUAAUAUACAAUAUACUUGUAAUAUAUAGCUAGUCCUGUCAUAAAUAUUGUUAUAAGGAAAUUUUUUUAUAAUAAUUUUUUCAAAAACUUUACUAGAAAAUAAAAUGUAUAUCUAUAGAGAGUAAAACAAAAAAUAUAUUACUCAAAAUGUUCCCCCUCUUGUCUUGACACUGGCAAUUAAUCUCCAUAGCCACUCAUCAAUAGCAGCAAGCAACACUUCUUGAGGAAAUCGUUCUUUUGCAGCCACUGCUGAGUUGUCCUGGCCUUGUGAGCUGGAGCGGAAUCCUGCUGGAAAACCCAAUGAGUUCCAGCCAACAGAGUAUCAUUUAGAGGCUUGACAACAGGUUCCAAAAUAUCGCAACGAUAGUUUUUAGCGGCUGUUUUACCUCCUUUUUCACAAAAAUGGAGCUUUGAGCUGCCAUCAAAGCAAACUACCCACCAAACCAUCAAUAAGGAAGGGUGAUGACCUCUUUCCACUCUUCCAAUGACUUCGUAGGCUUUUUUAGAGCUGUGUGCAUACUCACGAUCAUUUUGGCGAUUAAAUUUUUCUUCAAUUGUAAAAAUUUUCAACAUUGGUGUAACGGCCAAAGAGCACUUUGCAUCUAUCCACUCUAAUUUUUUUAGGGAAGUGGUUAGCCUUUGUCCUGCCAUUCUUCGAAAUGCGCCCUUCCUAAGGUCAAUUUUUAUUAUACGAGUCAUUGAUCUGACAGAGAUUCCCAUUUCCUGAGACAUGAUUUGUUGUUUUCGAAUGGGAUUUCUUCUAAUUUGAGCAUCCACUGCUCUCACUGCAUUUUCCGUUCUCAUAGUGUGGGGACGGCCCGAGGUCUGUCACAUGCAGAUAGGGUCUCAUUAUAUCUAUUUAUAUACCAACAUACGGCUGAUACUCAAAGGUUUCAAAAUAUUGAAAAUCUCUGAGCUACAUUUUUCAACUUUGUGUAAGGCGAUCACAGCUAUUCGGUUUUCUUUAUCACCCCACUCCAUGUUAACUGAGUGAAAAAAAAAUACAAACUAAUUGGGAUUAUUAUCCUGACAUGUAAAGAAAAUAAUCUGACAGAGGUAAGGAUUAUCUAAAUAAUAACCCAAGGAUGUAAACAAAGUUCAACUUUUGUAACAGUAUUUAUGGCAGAACGAGGUACAUAUAUAGAUUUAGAUUUUGUUACCUUAUGGUGAUAUUUCUCCAAAGCACGCCUUGCUUUUGAAUGCAACAGUGAAGUGUUAGUUUCCAAUUUAAAAGAUACGACAUAUGCAUUAGGUACCCAUGAGUGUACCAAUGGUUCCAAGAUUUUUGGUACUAAAUGCAGUGAUAUAUUUGGAGCCCCAUUAUCAGACUGAAUUUUGUGUGUGGG